AUGGCAGAUAUGCAUUUAACUUUGGGUGGUACUUGUUGGUCGGCCAUGGUACGUAACGGAAACGGGCGUUGCACGGAACUUCUUCACGAGAAAAUGUCGAAAGAAGAUUGUUGCUCGGGACGCUCUGUAACGACAUCCUGGUCGGCAGAGGAACUUGAUUCUGGAACGUUGUUUUUCUGGAGAAUACUAGGUGGUGGAGUGCGAUGUUCUUCAUGUCGAGAGUCGUGUAAAGAAGUCGUAUGUGAUGUAGAUAAGACUUGUGUAUUGCGCAAAGGUACACCGAAAUGUGUGUGUGCCUCCAGAUGCAAAGAAGGAAAAUUCCGUCCCUUAAAAGGGCCUGUGUGCGGAACUGAUGGCCGGAGCUAUAGAAACAUAUGUAGGUUAAGAAAACAAUCGUGUCGUCGUAGAUCAAAUUCUCUGACUAUUGCUUACAAGGGCAUAUGUCAAAGUUCCUGUGAUAAAAUUGUCUGUCCAUCGAAUAAACAUUGCUUAUUGGACCAAAAUUUAACACCGCAUUGUGUGAACUGCACACGAAAAUGCCCAAACGUUCCGAAACGUCGUCAAGUGUGCGGAUCAGACGGUAUUACAUAUCCUAGCGCCUGUCAUUUGAGAGAAAAAGCUUGCAGGAGAGGCAAAGCUAUCCCCAUUGCGUACAAGGGACCUUGUCGAGCAAAAGCUACAUGCAAGAAAGUGAAAUGUCGGGACGGCCAGUCAUGUCUAAAAGAUUUCAACACCGGAAUGCCCAGAUGUGUUAGCUGCACGACCAGCUGCCGACCAAGACACGUUAUGAGAGGACCAAUAUGUGGUACUAACAAUAGUACCUACCAUACUUGGUGCCACAUGGUACAGGAUUCUUGCUUUAAGGGAUACGUGAUCGACACAAUGUAUCCUGGAAGAUGUAAGUCCAAACUAACGACGAUAUGA